GCCACUGCGCAUGCCCAAUCAACAUUAUUCAACAAACAUGGCGGCAUCCUACGUGACAGCAGUCAGGACAGCACUGAAAGGUGUACACCUGGUUCCCGGCCGGUGGCUCCUCACGCAGAGGUUCAGAGCCCCGGCAGUGAGUCAGUGUUUGCGGCUACAUGUCGCCCCUGCUGCCGCCCUGUGCAGCUCGAGGACAGAUCCACAGAGGAGCACACCCGGCACCAACACGGACAACAGGAGAGCCGAGGAGGAGGAGGAAGAGGAGGAUGAGGGUCCUGAAUACAUCCCCAAGAAAAGGGCGAAGAACCCCAUGAUGGUGAUCGGCUAUGCCUGGAUGAUAGGCCUCCCCACAGGUAUCAUUGGCUUCAUCCUGGCCAAGAGAGAAGUGGACAAGAACCGACUGAAGCAGCUGAAGGUUCGACAGAGGAUGAACAAGUCAAAUGAGGGAGAAUAUGAAGGGAGUCGCUACCACCAUCGUGCAAAGGAUUUCAAACUGGACCAAUGAUGUAAUUGAAUGUCAUCACUGGGACGGGACUCCACUGAACUAAAGCCCAAAGACUGAUUACAGAAGAGAUGUCAACUUUAUGAGCUUGAGUUUAAAACAUCCAAAACCUCUUAGGACUAUUUUUUCUUGAGGCAAAUGCAUGAAAUCUGUGAAGGAGAGUGUUUGAGACUGAGCCUUUAAUCAGAACAGAUUUCUUCUUGAUCAUGAACUAAGAUGGAAUAUCCUGUUAAAGUUGUCCAUAGAAUUUGGAGAAAAAUCACAUAUUAUUAGUCUUGAUGCUGAUGUUCUCUAAAUAUGAUAAAGGAAAUAAAUGUAUAUUUAUAAAUUUGUGAAUACAUAAACAAUAAUCAUCACUGGUACAAAUGCAUACAAACCACAUCAAAACUCACAAGUACAAACGUUAUGAUAUGAAAAGGCAAACAAAAUGUCCUCAUCAUAGAUAUCUAUAUUUACAAAAUACCCCAACAUCUGUGCUGCACAUAUAAAAUGUGUUACUUAGUUGUUUUGAGUCAAGGGUUGUAUGUAACUUGGAUCCAUACUUUGGAUGAAUAUGACUCAUAGUAUAGAAUGUCAUAAAGUAGUCAUACAAAUAUAGUAGAUUAUGAAAUAAACAGGUCAGUUUGUAUUUUAUUCAAUUG